AUGAAGGACCGCGAUGUGGAAGAAGACACGAAACUCACACCUGAAGAAUACCUGCAACUGAUGGACAGUGUUGGUUACAACAUCGAAGGACGUACGCAGCCAGGACUCUGGGGCGCUUAUUCCUCAUUGUUUCAGGACAUUCGUCAAAUAGGUCGAAGUAACCAGGAAUACUUUGUUAAACAGUUCGAGCAGGACGACCCAUACAUCGUCGCGAAGAGGAUCCAGGCCAACAGACUGAUUGAGGAAGCAUGGAGCUGCUUCACGAAACGAGACAGUGAAGCUGGAUGGAGAAAAGAGGUUGAAUAUAGAGCCUUCGAAAGCUUCGACUCGGAAAGUGUAUGUCGUCGCUGUUUCAAGCGGUUGUCAAAGGCCAAGUUCGAAGCCAGGCCAGUAGACCCCGACGCAGCGGAGGAACUUCGACGCAGAAGACUGAGGAGGAGACUGUGCACCUGUACAGCUCUUCAGCGGGCAGGUAUCGACAACAGUGACAGGAAGGAGAAUGUUCGGAUCUUCACACGAGAGAUUGACAAGAACGUUUUCCAUGAAGACAUCACACCACAGAUGAGGAAGCGGCUGGGAAGGCAGAGACCUGACCGUGUAAUCGGCCUUUACCCGACUCGUACCUUCAAGCGCCUACUCCCGUCACUCAAGAAGAACUAUUCCCCCUACAAGAAGAAAGAUGUGGUGUAUCCAUUCAUAGUCGUCGAAGCCAAAGCAGCCGAGAACAACGGAAAUGCCAGUUUCGGGAGCAUGCUUCGACAGACAGCGUUUGUGGUCCGAACAUGUAUGCGGCUGCAACAGAAUAUGCAGGCUGAGACCGGCCGAGAGCAUCAAUGUCUAGUGUGGGAUUUCCUCAUUCUCGGAGAGGAGUGGAGACUGUACGCAGCUGUGCCAGAAGGAGACGGAGUGCGGCUCUUUGAUCUUUGGCAUGGAUCAAUGCUCCACGAGGACGGCGCGUUCCAGCUCCUCCUCAUCAUUGACUAUCUAUGCGACUGGGCGUGUGAUGUCUAUCGUCAGAACAUCCUUGCUUGCCUUGCGGGUGGGCGAGCAAGACUCAAGGGGAUGCGUCUCUCGCCAAGCGGCACGGAAGUCUCCUCGUCGCAGAGGUCGGAUAGAGACAUGUCCAAUCUUCGGGGGAUAUCCCUUCCCCUGAGAUCGUCUACCGCUCCGGACUUUGGACCCACUGCAACAGUUGGGGAUCUUUUUGCCGCCGAAGUGGGAAAUUCUCCAACACACGCACUUCCCGACUGUGCUGUCUCGCUGAUGUCAACAACAAACACUGUCGACGCCCACCAGUGGCGAAACUGGGAAGAGGCAGAUCCCCACCAGUAUCCUUGGGCGACCCUGGCCACAAUCCGUCACUCAAAUGUCGUGAAAUAUAGCAACUUACAAUUGACUCUGCCAGCAGGCAAAAAAGAGCUUGAAAUGUGUCUAGAUGCUAUCUUUCCGGAGAUGAGGGCGGAAGAGGCAGCUGGGCGACUUCUGAGAACCAUGUGCGAUGACACUAUGACGAUCAAGACCUGCUGGAACUCCGGUACAAGACGGAUGGGUGAAGAGACUGAGCCAGACAUUCCGGUUAGAGCUUUUGUUUAUGCUCAGUGCGCACUGAACCCGGAGAGUUGGCACGUUACUCGCCGAUUAUUGCUCAUUCUAUGCUGUGAGAGAGCACUCCAGCAUCUAGCUGCAAUUGCGCACGUGGCCUUACCCGCUCGCGUUGUUGAUGAUAGUGUGGACAGUAACGUCAGUUGCCACCAGGUGUUGCAGGCUGUCGACAAUCUCAAGCUCUGUACCGGAGGACCGUCAGCAGGAUUGGCCAUAUUCCGGCGUCAGUUGUUCUUGCGAGCGACCGUCAACACAUGCGGCCACGAGGAGCUCGAGUGGGUUCAUCUUUCCCAUCCACCCACCAACGGACCAACCACGUGGGAACUCGGAAGCAUCCUUCCAAAUUUCAGCAAGAAACAAGAGGUGAUGGCCCCAAUUUUGACUCCUUACAUCCAGGCGGAAUCGGCGUUGCAGAUCAUCCCUACCUUUCACAAGAUGACUAAUCUGGCCAAGAAGGAGGUCGAUAUAUUUAGGUUCAAGAGUCCAGGCAUCCUGAUCAAGAAGCCAACCACCUGGCCUGGGAAGACGCCAGAGUUCUGUCUGUUGGUAACAGAACAAAACAUCCACUUUGAUGACAAGGUCAGGCUUGGGGACAUGAUCGAAGAAGCCAAACGCGUGGAUGAAGUGUUUGGCGUCGUCAAACAAUCUGCGAAAUAUGGCUCAAGAGACAUGGCGUUUUUCAGUCAGUGGGCCAAGAGCAUGAAAGAGGGAGCUCAAUGA